AUGGCCAUUUACAGUCUUCUUCAAAGGAGAGAUGUCAUGAAAAUUUUGUCAACAAGAUUUGGCAAGAGCAUGAUCUUUACUGUCUUUGCUAUGGCCAAAGAAGAAAUAUCCUCAUCGAAAACCUGUAUGAUCACAAUUUCCCCUCUAAAAAGUACUAUCGACGACCAGAUAUCUGAAAUGUUGUCGCUGAGCUGUAAAGCAAUGGACCUUAUGACAGAAACAGUAAAUUUCAGUGCUUCGAGAAAGUUCACCUCAAUUUUCUCUAUUACUCGGUGUUACAGAAUAACGCACUCCAGCGCAAUACAUCGAACGGUGUCCGCGAUUGUGGUCGAUGAAUGGCAUACAGUAGAAGAAAGACGCACAGCGUAA